AUGGGUAAAAAGGACAAGAAGGGGAAAAAGAAAGUUGAGGACGAUUGGGAAGAGCAAGCCAAGCCAGAGCUUUUACAUGAGGAAAUUGUCAAAGUGAAUAGAAUUGAACCAGAACAAACACCUGAUGAUGCUGAUUCGCAAAUACUAGAAGAAGAUUCUCCUUUAGAUAAAAUCCCUGUCGUUUUGACUGAAGUUCAAGCUGUCCAACCUGACGAUUGGGUCGAUGAAGAAUUUGGCGCGUCGAGUAAUAAAGCAGAUAAGAAAAAAGCUCAGUCUUCAACUCAAAAAAUUGUUGAGAACGCUCAGCUGGCUGCAAUUAGGAAAGCUUUAGAAGCUCAACGGUUAGUAUUAAAUCAGGCAAAAAAAGAACAGUUAAAAAAAGAGGGGAAAUUGUUGAGCAAAGCUCAGAUGAAGAAAAAACAGCAAGAUCAGUUACGAUUACAACAGAUGAUGGAAGCUGGUCUCAAGAUCGAAGGACUUAAUCAAGAAGGUGAAACGAAACCAAGGAAGGUUAUAUAUACUAAUAAAAGGAAACAACCAAAUAAACAACGAGCAACACAGAUUGAAGCUGAACCUUCAACUAAAGUGGAAGAGUCUAUUGAACUUGUGAAAAAUAAAGUAGAAACUAAAGGAGUGAUAGAAGAGGAGUGCCAGGAAAAAGAACCGGAAAAAGAAAAAGUGGAAAUUACCACAAAGGUACUUCAUGUAGAAGUUAAAGAAAGUUGGGAAGAGAGUGAAGAUGAGGAAAUUAAGAGUACUAGAGUCGAAGAAAAAGAAAGUGUUAAAGAUCAAUGGGAUCAAAGUACUGAAGAUGAAUCUCCAAAACCCAAUACUCCGCCACCGACUCCCGUCACAAACGUUGAGGAAACAACUGUCAAUGUUAAAUCUCCUGUUAAGAAAUCUGUAAAAGAGCAAUCCGAGACGGAAACCGAAGAAUCUGAUAAUUCUGAAACGGAAGACAGUGAAGAUGCAACAGAAAGUGAUGAAGAAUUAACCGAACAUCAAAAGCAAUUGAUGAAACGUAAACAAGUGGCUGCUGAACGUCGUAAGAAACGUCAUGAAGAGGCUCUCGCCGCCCGAAGCAAAGAUGAUCUUCGUUCUCCAAUUUGUUGUAUCUUAGGGCAUGUUGACACUGGCAAAUGUUUCGGAAGAGGCACUCCUAUCUUGAUGUAUGAUGGUAGUGUUCGUGCUGUUGAAACGAUACGUUCAGAGGAACAAGUAAUGGGUGACGAUAGUACACCUCGAAAUGUUAGCGGUGUUACAAAUGGGAAAGGACUUCUUUACAAGAUUAUCCCAACAAACAUUUCUUCCGCUCAACCAUUUGUGUGUAAUGAUGCACAUAUUCUUGUUCUUAAGAUUACGUCAUUCCCACGGAUACAACACCUGGAAAGUAAUGAGCAAAGUCAAUUGUGUCUUAAUUAUUUAACUUAUGAUAAAAGUACAAAUUUGGUUAAAAAACUAGAUAAGUUUUACAGAUAUCCGACAAUUCUACUUCCAACCAAAUAUCAUGCAGAAAGAGCUGCAUAUAAGGAUUUAGAAUUGUUAAACUCUAAUAAAAAUCCAACUAUUAGUAAUGAAGAUUUGGAAACGAUUCUAGUAGAUUUCAUCUGGCAACCUUCAGUUACGCAAUUCUUAAAUUGUUCUCCAGAAAUUCGAGCUGCUGCCAAAAUGUUCAUACCAAAUAGUGUUCGCUUUUCAACUCGUGAAGGAGCAUUAGCAAAGAUAAUUGAACGCGUUAUUGGGUCAUCUAUUACCGAUGACUUUGUUAGAUCCUGUGCCUGGUUAAUUGGUUAUUUCAUUGGUACAAAGCAAGCUAAAUGUAAACACAGUAAUAAUUAUGAUGAUAUUUCGAUGUUUUUUCAAGAAAUUAUAUCGUUCAUUAAAAAUAAAAUUAUUAAUCAAGAAACUUUGGUUUCUUUGUUUUACGAACUUGGUAUCUUACGAAGGAAGGACAUUCCAGAGAUUUUGAUGUAUGAAGACGUUGAUUCAGUUCGUCUUCAAUUGAUAGCUGGAAUGAUUGAUAGUAAAGGAUCAUGUAAUUCUCAGGAUGUUAUUGAAUUGACAUUUAUUGAUGAUUAUAAUACCCAAAACUUUGCUAGGCUCGCCCGUUCUUGUGGAUUACGAAUUAAUAUUCUUAAUUCUCAGAAUGUUUGCGUUAUAAAUAACGCUUAUAUAAUUCCUUCAGUUUUUCCUCGAUCUAAUUGUAUAAUAAAUCCUAAGGAUAGACAUGAUCAGCUUUGGGAAUUUCAAGUUGAAGAGCUUGGGAUUGGUGAAUAUUUUGGAUUCGUAGUUGAUGGAAAUCAUCGCUUCUUGCUAAGUGACUUUACGGUAACGCAUAAUACAAAGUUGUUGGAUAAAAUCCGACAGACGAACGUUCAAGAGGGUGAAGCUGGUGGUAUCACACAACAAAUAGGUGCGACUUACUUUCCUAUGGAAACUAUUAAAAUUAAAACCGCUCCUUUAAACAAGGAUGGCAAACAAGAAUAUAAACUUCCGGGUUUGUUAAUUAUUGACACACCUGGUCAUGAAUCAUUCACAAAUUUGCGUUCCAGAGGUUCCUCUUUGUGUAAUAUAGCUAUUCUCGUGGUUGAUAUUAUGCAUGGUUUAGAACCACAAACUUUGGAAUCAUUAAAAUUACUACGGGAUCGUAAAGCUCCUUUCAUAGUAGCAUUAAAUAAGAUUGAUCGUAUGUAUGAUUGGAAGCCUACACGAGAUAAUUCUUUCCUUGAUUCUUUUUCUAAACAAUCGGAAGCUGUUAAACGUGAAUUCAAAGAUCGUGUUGAGAAAACCAUCUUGGCCUUUGCUGAACAGGGACUCAAUUCUGUUUUGUACUAUGAAAACAAGAAUUAUGCCAAAAACGUUUCUCUUGUUCCUACGUCAGCAAUCACUGGAGAAGGUAUUCCUGAUAUGCUCAUGUUACUUGUAAAUUUAACGCAAUCAAGGAUGAGCAAUGAGCUGAUGUAUUUGUCAGAAUUGGAGUGUACUGUGUUGGAAGUUAAAGUUAUUGAAGGUCUUGGCACAACUAUUGAUGUAAUUUUAUCUAAUGGUGUAUUAAAUGAAGGUGAUAAGAUUGUUUUAUGUGGUCUUAAUGGACCCAUAGUUACAACAAUCCGUGCUUUAUUAACGCCACAGCCAUUGAGGGAACUUCGAAUCAAAUCCGCUUAUGUUCAUAAUAAAAGUGUGAAAGCUGCUCUUGGUGUUAAGAUUUCUGCGCAAGAUCUUGAAAAAGCGAUUGCCGGUUCACGCCUUAUGGUUGUUGGACCAGAUGAUGACGAAGAUGAUCUUAAAGAUGAGAUUAUGUCUGAUUUAAAGAGCUUGCUGAGUUCAAUUGAUAAAUCUGGUAAAGGUGUAUGCGUGCAAGCUUCUACUUUAGGUUCUUUAGAAGCUCUUUUAGAAUUCUUGAAAACCUCCAAAAUUCCGGUAUCUGGAAUUAAUAUUGGACCAGUUCACAAGAGAGAUAUUAUGCGAUGUGCAACUAUGUUAGAAAAGGCUAAAGAGUUUGCGGUCAUUUUAUGUUUCGAUGUCAAAGUAGAUAAAGAAGCACAAGAAAUAGCUGAAGAAUUAGGUAUUAAGAUAUUUAAAGCCGAUAUUAUUUAUCAUUUGUUUGAUCAAUUUACUGCUUACCAUCAGGAAAUUGUGGAACAGAAACGUAAAGACCAAGCUCCUCAAGCAAUAUUUCCUUGUAUUUUAAAAAUUGUCCCAGGUGCUAUAUUCAAUAAGAGAGAUCCUAUUAUAAUUGGCGUAGAUGUUGUUGAAGGUGUAUUGAAAACCGGAACACCUCUAUGCGUUGUGAAAACGGACCCUACAACUAAUCAACGUGAAAUUAUUAGCCUUGGUAAAGUGUCUAGUAUGGAACAAAAUCAUAAAACAGUUGAAAUUGUAAAAAAGGGCCAAGCUGGUGGUGGUAUUGCAAUCAAAAUCGAAUGUGCUAUUUAUGAAAAUCCAAAAAUGAUUGGGAGACAUUUUGUAGAAACAGAUGAAAUAUAUAGUAAGAUUUCACGCGUUUCUAUCGAUGUAUUGAAAGAAUCAUUUAGAGAUGAUUUAAGUAAAGAAGAAUGGCAUUUAAUGAUUAAAUUAAAGAAGAUAUUAGAUAUUAAUUAA